GUUGACAAGCAAGAACCAAGAUGUCUUCCUCCUCUGUUGUACCAGUGGUUUUAUGGGGAAGCACGCCUCCAUCACACUGUAUCUCGUGUAUUAUAACAACUUAUGAUCAGAAAACUGUCGUCACUGGAUCAACAGACGGACAGCUGGGGAUCUGGGACUUACGAUUCGUGGAACAUGGAGAGAUCAAAGUAAGGCUGCCAAUGGGAAUUCUAGGAUUAAAAUCAUUUACGAACAAGUUUGACGGUUACCAUAUAAAUUAUCACCAUGUUCUAUAAUUUGCUCUUAAAAUUAAAAGCGGUUUAACUCUGGAUUGCAUCAGUUCUUUUUUUCGAUUGUUAGUCUAUAUUCAGAGAUGUAUCGAUCUAGAAAGUGUCAGCUGAUCACACACUGGCUACAUGUGCAUGUACAGGUACAUCAUGCCAAAUUAGCUCAAGUAUACUGAAUUGCUGUGGUUGAGAUUUUUGUUUUGUUGAAAAAUUUGUCCUUGUUUCUUCAUUUUAACUAAAUUGAAGGGUAAAGUUUCCGCACAGCCCCAUACUAUUGUAAAGCAAAUCUGUUUUCCCGAUGGCAAUGUAUUGUUUUUGUCAUUGUUUUCUCUAUCCCAAGAACUGAAUGCAUAAUGUAGGAUGGGGCUGUGCGGAAAUUUUACCAAUGGAAGCCUCGCAUAGACCCUCGUUUAAAUUUAAAGCAAGCUUUGAGCUCUUACUCUGAACUACACGGGAAUUUUCUUCGUUUAGAUCCUGAUCUUCCUUUCGUCUCUCAUACAUUAUGCACGACCCCUUCGUCAGUCGAUCUGAAACGUUGCCAUGGGUUUCCAUAAAGAGUUUUUUCCCUUAUACUCAUACAUAUUUAUCAGAAGGAGAAAAUGGAAAUGGGGGUCCUAAAACAUGAUCGCCAUUAAAGGAAAUUAGCUUUAUUGAUCACAAGUGAAAUUAAAUCAGUGACAUUACAGUUCUCAGUAAUAAAUCUAAAUUCUGCUGUUAUUUUUCAUAAUAAAUGAAUACAUUGCACACUUUUACUGAAUACUACAGGUCAUACCCAGGAACCUUAUAUUUGCUCAUUCAGCAAAAGUCACAGCACUGGCUAAAGCUACAGAUGGAUGGGACAAUCAGUCCAGUGUAAUAAGUGCAGCUGACAAUGGGUAAGACAUAACAACAAAAUUUAUAUUACAAGAAAGGCACAAAUUGUUAUUCCUUAUAGUGAGACUGUUCUGCUCAUUUCAGAUUUUUAGCAGUAACUAUAAGUGGUAAAUUACAGAGGAUUUUCUCAAAAAUAACUGCUGAUGAUUGGAAGUAUUUAUGUAACAAAAAAUCAAAUUCUGUUCACUGAUAAGAAGUAAAUUGGUGUAAUUGCCUAUUUGAGCUAUAUAUUAAGUGAUUUUUUUCUCUCAGAGAGCUGUGCUUGUGGGACACAGAUGAUGGAAUCUGCAUUCAAGCAAAUGUCAUUCCAGGAACACAUUUGGCUCUAUUGGUAUGUACAUCAUCCGAGAGAUGACUUACUGAUUACCUGAAUGAAGAUUUGACUUUGACUCAUUCACAGGUGGACAUUAUGAUCAACUUUGACUCAUUAACAGGUGGACAAUUAAUGACCAAUUGGCUGACUGACUGACUAACAGACAGUGUGACUGACUAACAGACAGUGUGACAGACUGACCAGUAAUUGUGAAGAAGAGCUCCCCAAAAAACCUGUCGGCCGACUGUCGGUCAACUGUCGGCCGACAGUCGGCCGACAGUUGGUCGUCUGUCGGCCGACAGGUUUUGCCCGAAAUAUUGGCUACCUGUUGGCCGACAGUCGGCCAACUGUUGGUAAUGUGUCGGUAACCUGUCGGUAGCUUGUCGGUAAAACGUUAACACAAACCUUAAUGUUUUCUCUCAGUUUUCGCUUGAUACAACAUCCAACAUGUGUAAUACAUUGACAAGAAUAGCCUUUCAUAGAUUUGGUGGCUCCUAAAGGAGCCGUUUUGUGAGUGGUGAAAUAUACAAGAUACUUCACUCGUAGAAUCGUGAUUUUAGCGGCGCGCGCCUAAAUCAAUUAUCGCAUCACGCAUCCAAGUCUAAUUAUCGAAUUGUUGCGUAUAGUAAUUUAUUUCUUAACAUAACGAGUAAAAAAGAUUCACAGUUGUAUCAUUUAUUAAAAUUGAAAUUGGAAAUAGCAAUUUAUCCCAAACCUGCAAGAUAGAGGACGAUGUUAGCAACACAAAUGCACAAGGUAAACAUCAUAAGAGGCCGCAUUGCAUUGUUGGGUGAUUUGAACGAAAGUGUUUGUAUUGAUACGUAGCUUAUGGUUUUCAGAGUUUUUGGCCGAGUUUUCGAUUAAAUUAUCUUCCAAUGCGAUUCUUAGAUUGUCUGGUGUGUUGUAAAUUACGCAAGUGAUAUAUCCUAUACACAUCUCAUAUACCUUUAUCUAUAUCUUUACAUACUUUCAACUUUGCCGUCGAUCGGUAAGUAGGUGAAGUCUGUCGAGUCAUACAUCACCAUUAUGGAUUGUUAUGUCACGUUAACUGUUCGUUUUUAACACAAUUUUUCUUUUUUCUUAACCUGUCGGUAACCUGUUGGUUAGCUGUCGGUAGACUGUCGGCCGACUGUCGGCCGACAGGUUUUUUGGGAGCUCUUCUUCACAAUUACUGACUGACCAACUAUCUGACUUAUUGAAUAGAAUGGCUUACUUACCAAAUGACUUACUGAUUGACUUACCUCCAUACCACUAGCUAGCUUACUGAUUGGCUUACUGACUUGGUGGUUUGCUGGUUGACUGGCUGGCGGAGUGACUCACUGACUGAAUCAGUCACUAAUUUAUUGACUGGUUUUUGCUGACUGACUGACUGGCUGACUAACUGACUCAUUGACUGCCUGACUGACUUACUAAAUGACCAACUGACUGUCAACUGAGAUGGUAGGCUAAUUUGGUAUAUCAUCAUAUGAAUGCAUGAACACUCUAGCACAGUUACCAGAACAAAACAUACAAUGUUGUGCCUUGCUCAGCUCACAUACUUAGCCGAAACUUCCAAUAUAAACAAAUGGCCAACUUGGUCUAACUAACUACCAACAUACAUGUAGUUGACUAGUUGAUCACAAGAAACACCCAUUAAGAGUAACAUAAUUAACAAGAUUGACAGCGGUAUGCUCCAAUGUUUGUGCAUUUCUUUAUUCUUUCAGUCUUUCCAUGUUAGCAUUGGCACACGGAAAGAAUGGCGUGUUGUUUGUUAUGGCAGCUAUUCUGAUAUUCAUGUCUUGGAUGCUCUGUCUCUUGAGGUAAUUGAAUUCAAACUAAUUUCAUGAGUUCAAUUUAAUUUAAUGUUGUUCAUUGUUAAAGGUAUGUUUGUUCAUAGGGGUCAUGAUAUUAAAUGUAGCCUUAAUAAUUCUUCAUGUGAUUUAAAAUCAUCAUAAAUUCUUGAACCAUGCUAUAAUUUGAAGACCACAGUUUUUUUAUUAUUAAUACAGCUAUAGGAAUCUUGCAAUCUUUAAUUUGAUAUCUUGACUCUAUAAUUGAUAAUGACUCUAAAUUGUGAGACAAACAAUGAUUGUUCACUGCUAGUCAUAACUUGUACUCAAUAAUCUGGCUACUAUUGGUUUAGAUUUUGUACACUCUGCGUUCUCCAUCAGCCCCCAAUUGGAUCAGUUCAGCAUGUGUCGUGAGACCUGCAAGAAGACCAGGUACAGAAAUGACUGUAAUGUUAUUGUAAUUACUGUAGAGUAAUUGAUAAAAGUUGGUUAGUUAGUCUAUUUUGUGCAUCCAUGCACAUAAGGCCUAUUGGUAAGAGAAAGCCAUCAAUCUUUGUUGGUUGUCACAUGGUCAAUCUGCUCCUGAGUCCAGCCUCUGUCCUUCAUUUCCCUUUCUGCAGUUCUCCAAGCGUCCCUUCAAGAGUCCUUAUGAGCAACUGUUAUAAUUGGCAAAUGUAAUCGUGGAUUACAUUUGAUACAAUUACUGACCUACAACUGUACAUUUCUGUUUUGCCUCAGAUGAUGUUGUCGUUGCAAUCUCCUUGUCUGGUAUGCUCAAUAUUUGGAUGUUGAAACCAAAUGUGGAGUCUAAGGUGUGGUAUUUAACUGUUUGUUUACUUACAGGCUGUACAAGUCUGUUGUUGAGAUUUAUUUGUAAGAGGCAAAAAACUUUCCUUGUCCAGGGGGAAAUAGCAGAGUUCUUAACAGCUUUGAACAAACUAUAAAACUAAUAAAAGCUAUUGCAGGGUAGUUGAUAUAUGUAUGAGCUCAUGCAAUCACAUGCAGUUUUCUUUGAUGGAUUUGAGUGAUUGGAAACUGUAGAGUUAACAACUGGGUCGUUAAUUUUCUAUAUCAUAACUUUAAAGUUUGCAAUUUAGGCUAAAUUUGUAGCUUUCACUUUAUUUACUCUAUUCAUUUAAUGUUAUUGCAUACUCCAUUGGUUUCUUUUGUCAACAGUACAGUGAACCCACAUUUGAACAAGAAUUGAGCCAAGUUGCCAACAGUAAGGCCACAGGGAUCUGUUGUAAUCCUUUCACUCAGCGCACCAUUCUAGUGGUCUGUGCAAAAGAGUGGCUGGUGGGUACAUACAUGAUUGUGUACCUGAUGGUUACCUAUUUUUUGUGAGAUUUUUAUUGAACUUGCAAUAGAAAAAAGUGAGACUUAGAGUCCUGCAAAAACAAUAGUUUUAAAAUUUAAUCAUGGACAAUUCAUCAUUUAUGUUUUGCUGACUUAAACAUCUUUUACUUAAUUAUUGGUACAAACUACCACUGAAAUGUGACUUAAGUCCUGCAAAAGACAUGCCUUUUAAAGUUAAUCAUGGACAAUUUGAUACCUAUCAUUCAUUUUUUGUGAACAUAAAUACCUUUUAUGUAAUUAUUGUUGCUUUGUCUUGUAACCAUGCAAGUAAUGUGGGAGUUGUAGAAUAGUCUUUCCUGACUGCAUGUAACUGUACAGGAUAUUCAGUUGUGUCACAAUGUUGUGUACUUCAAGUUUUGUUACUGUCCAAUUGCUGGCUUUCAUGCUAAAUUACUGAAUUGUAGCUCUUUUUCCUUGCCAAAUCACAAAAUGAAGUAUUUCAGAAUAUGCCUCUAACUUUUUGUAAUAUCAGGUAAGUGCAGAAAUAAUGGCAUUAAUAAACAUUACCACACAACCUUCUCUUUUGGGCAACUUAAGCAACCUAAAGGUUGUAGUGUUAAUCAGAAUUUUGCUCAUAUGUAAGGGAGAAUGUGUGCACUUCCAUAGGUUUAAUGUAGACCAAAAGUCCACAAACUUUUUAUUUUAAUAACUUUACAUGUAUGCUGUAUUUGCCCUUCAUGGCAGAUGUACGAUGCGGGUGAUUUCAAGUUUCUCACAACCGUUGCCAGUCCUCCCGGCCAAAACUGGAUGGGUGGAGACUUUGUAGCAGCAGACUUUGUACUAGUAUGGAGUAGAGUGAGUUGAAGACAUUAUUUUACUGUGAUCAUUUGUAAAUGUUUAUUAUGAAAGGCAAUAAGUUAUUCAUUUUGUAUUUUGCACACAGGAUGGGAAGAGCUACUUGUUCAAGCUGCCUGCUUCGUAAGUACAAUUUCACAAUUCAAUUAUCAUUGUUAUUAUGAUUACGUUAUGGCAUCUAAAAGCAAGUAUGUGUGUAGACAAUUGUAUUCGGUGGUCCAAGAGUGUUAUCGCAGUAUUACUCACGGAACAAUUCUGCUUCUUUCAUUAGAUGUUGUCCAGGUUUUCAAGACCAGUGGAAAGGUCUGUUAAUAAUAAACUUUACUGUGCUUAUCAUUGGGACUACCUCUAUUGCCUUUGUCAUAGUUUGAUUGUCUCUCUCUUUACGUAUCUUAUAACUGAAGGCGAGCUUAAGGUGAUCACGGCAAGAUGAGAUAAGUGCAAAAAAAUAAAAAAAGGAAAAUGAUGUUUCCAUCUCUCCCGUGUAUCGCUCCUCUUUGAAAAGUAAGGCCUGUUUUGUAUGCUUUCCUUAACACUCCUUUUGUGACCCUUAGACAGGGUGUCGUCUAAGGGUCACAAAAUAUUAUAUCGAGCCAAAGCUCGAUAUUUCUAAGGGAAGAGAUUGACCCCAUCGUUGAUUUUUAAGGCAGAGGAAGGUUGAAGAGGGAAGGAAACUCCUACGUAUACGUGUAGGAAGUGUUAGAUGGAGAAGGAGAAGGGGGGGGAGGAGUAAAACUAGCUUACUGAGGAAAAGAGGUUAUUCUUAACAAAUAUCGAUACGGAUCAAAACCCAAUGUUUCAAAUACUGUUUCAUGAAUGAAUGUCUUUUAAAUAGAUUUAAUGGGCUGUAUUUUUCAAUAAAUUCUGGUACUUAUCUGGAACAUUUGCUCUUUCAAACGUUUAAAAUACCUUGAAAAAUGAAACAUAAGCUUCGAUGAGACGUUACAUAAGUAUUUACUUGCUUUGCUGUCCAUAGGUGAUCCUAUCAAGGAGCCAAAAAUCAUUCAGGUGUUUGAAGACUCACAUGAUCAGGUACUUGUGAACAAAAAUUAUCUAAGGUUCUCGCAUUACUACAAUAAUUUCCAUAAAGUUGUUUCUAAAUCUUGAAUUCUUCUGUAGAGCGCUGCCUCAGACUCUGACCCAGCCAUGUUUUUCUCUUAUGGUCGAAGAGGACCUUUCUACAAGCUGUUGCUAAAAGGCGGAUCAGAUGGAAGGUAACCAAAUUAAUGCAGGUGGAGCAGAUGAGUGAAGCAAUUAAGAAUUUAACUUUGAAUUGUCAUCUGUCUCUUGCAUACAAAACUUACAUACAGAAUUCUAUCAAGAAAUUUAGAUCAAACUUGGCAAUCGUGCGAAUGUAAUUGUGAUUGCAGAUCUUGUAUAUCAAUAUGCAGCAUUGUUUGUGGCAUGUUGCUUUGGAGCAUUGCUGUGAUAUAGGAAAAUGUCUUCAAAAAAGUUCUUUUUAAGUGAGAGACAAAAUCGAAUUUAAUUCUUUAUUAUAGUGCCGUUUAACGAUAAUAACGUAACAAUAUUAAAUAACUAAUCGUCAGUUUUGUUGAAUCAUCCCCGAGACAAAGUCAAGGGCAUCAUUCAAAUUUAUUGCUUCAGCACUAAUCACCUCGCGCAAGGUGAGUAUAACAAGAUAUGAAGCAAUCCUCGACCAAUCAGAGCGCGUGCAUCUCCUCGAUCACCGGAGCACUUACACUAAUAAAUAUUAAAGCCUUUCAUCAAUUUUUUUGUGUUUUUAGUGUCAUUGUUUGGAAACUAACCGACGAUAUCUUCACGUCAACAAAAUCUCGAGAUGCUAGCUCAAAGGGUAAUUUGUGAAUAGUAUGUUGAAUCUCGUUUUUCUGUUCCCCAGGCCAGUUACGCGUUUGAUUAGAUAAUUGAGGAAAGAAAGUAAAAUUGACAAAAACGCAAAAAAGCCAAAAAGUUAAUCGAUUGGCAUGUGAAUUAACUUUUUUAUGAUCUUACCGCUAGUAGUUUACAUCUGCGAUACGGAUUAGCGCUUUAGUUGGAAAAAAUAGAUUUUCUCAAUCAGUGGCUAUUUUUGUUUUUCGUUUGCAUUUUUUGCAAAAUUUGUAAAUACUUUCAAAUUGGAGGUCGUUCUGUUACUUAUGAGUAGAUGCACUAAGACUCCCAAAAUUUAUUUUUGUUGGAUUGUUUGAUUUAGGCACGCAUCCUGUGGUAUCCUGCAGUUACGCUGACUGCUGGGAGACAACUCUGAAGCCCUGUGGUCUUAUCGACUCUCUGGUAAGUUGACGCCUUGAGUUAAAGGUGAAGAGGUUCAGGAUACCAAACUGUUUUGUUGCGCCAAGAAAUGAGUGAAAAAAUGCUGUUGUAAGUAACAGAAAAAUUGUGGUAAACUCGUAAUCGCUAGCGCGCUGGAAUCUGGAUCGAAGUACCCCGGAUCGAGGACAGGUUAAACCCCUAAGUUGAUUUUCUGAAUGAAUAAUUUAAUCUCACUGUGCCCCUCUUCAUUCGGGAGUGUAAGAAGGUGCUAGAGGUGAAUAAAGAUAUUCCUUUAUAUUACAGAAAGUGGGAUAAACUCCUAUGGAUUCGACCACGUGGCUAGAGCCCGAGAAUGUGAAAAUAGACUCAGGAGAACUUCGUCUUUGAUAAUCACUAUUAAAAGUAUCGGGUGCUAUGACUUAUUUUGCUGUAGCAGAGGAGGGACACAGUGAAACGACGAGGAACUGUCGUUCCAAAAAUCAAUAUUCACUUGUAGCGCAAAUUUAACUGAAAAAAAAAGGAUGAACCUUUUCGUCGUUAAUACACCCUUUUUACUUAGUGCGCUUGCUCUAAUUAAAUGAUCUGAUUUUUUCAUUCCGUAGGAUGAUGGCGGACGAACUACCCCCCUGAGUGCUUCGCUUUAUUUACCUACGCAAGACUGUAUUGUGUGUGGCCGUGAGGAUGGUUCCAUUGUUAUAAUAUCAGCAGCAAAAGCAGCGAUAGCUCAGUUGCUUCAGCCCCCAGGCUCAGGUACAUGUACGCCUCUGCUAUCGCCUUUUCCUCAAAUCUUGAAACGUUUGCCUUGUUUCAACUUGUUGGAUAGUAUAAUUGACUUUUUUCGUCGUGAGUCAGUAUUAAUCUACUCUGCGCAAGUUUAUGGAGCAUUCGUUCAUUGGUUAUUUAUUUAUUUAUUUAUUUGCUGGGUGUUGUCUGUGUUACCUCAGUGGCCAGGCACGAAUGUACCGUGGUAUCAGAUUAAUUAUAAUAAUAGUGACAAUAAUAACUUUUCUAUUAACCCUUCAACUCCCAAGAUCUGUUUGUUAAUUCUCCCCUGUGGCUGCUACACAUUUCCUAGUAAAUUAUUUAUGAGAACUUGGUGCUAGAUCAAGAUAGCAGCUUCUAUCUGAUAAGUUUGAAUAUUCUCAUUACCUGUUUGCUGAAGAAUGUAUGGAUAUUGUAGGGAGAAGUUUUGUGUUAAUCACUUCUGGGAGUUGAAGGGUUAAUGAUGAUAAAAAUUAUUAUAUAUAGCGAUGGUUAUGGUAGUAAAAAUGAUUAAAAAAAUUAUGAAAAAAAACCGCCAAAAAAUUAACGGGACAGUUUUACUCACUUUUUGUCUUGAAAACACUGAAAAGUAAGGCUAGCGAUAGACAUUUUUCAUUUUAAACACAUCUUUUUUUUUUAACUCGCGGCUUUACGAAACAUAGGAACGGGUAAAUUUUAUAAUAGAUAAACCGAUUCUUUAUCUUGGUAUCGUAUGAUAAUUAUCCUCAAAUGCAAUCCUUCGAUACUCUAAGUACAUUCUGUACAGGAUAUCCACGAGUUUACCUUUGUAUUUUUUUGUUUUGUUUUGUUUUUUUUUUUAAUUUUCCUUUGUGGUUGUUGUAGUUAAGCCAAAAACAAAGUGAGUACGGAAUAAAAACAAAAAUAAAUGUGUUAUUUUGGAUUCCAUCAGUUGCGCUGAAAAUAACGGAGGAAACAUUCCUCAACAUUUUCGCACGAAAACAAAAGUUGUUAAAUGGAAAUAGCAGUAAGGUCAUUUGGUUCAGUGAAUGACCACUUGGGGUAAACAUCGAAAAUGUUAGUGUCACUUCAUGUGUUUGUAUCUUCAUUUCCUCAGGGUGGCCUGUGCACAGGGUGCUGUUAGGGCACAGAGGCCGAGUGACCUGUCUCCUGUACCCACACGAUGAGUAUCCUCGAUAUGACAGGGAAUUUCUAGUGUCAGGAGGAGCUGACUUUUCUGUCAAACUGUGGGACAUUUUUACUGGGGACCUUUUGUAUACAUUUUCUACCCAUGGAGGAGAAUUGCUGCGACUAAUCUGUACUCCACCCGAGUGCAGUGUAAGACUUUUGCUUGACGGUUUAAUUUUUUUUUUGAUGUUUUUCCUCACUAAUUUGUUUUUGUCUUCAGCGUGACUUAAGGUAUUCUUCAUUUCAUUUAUUUAUUCUUUAUUUACCUAUUCAUUUAUUCAUUGUUUUGCCUUUUAUUUUUAGAAUCGCGUCCAGUACUGUAUCUGUUCUGUAGCCCAGGACCACUCGGUUGCGUUGUUAGGACUUCGCGAGCGAAAGUGCAUCAUGUUGGCCUCGCUUCACGAAUUUCCCGUGGAGACAAUAAAGUGGCGAGCGUUGGAUGAUUUUCUGGUGGUAGGCUGUACUGACGGCUCGGUGUAUGUAUGGCAGAUGGAAACGGGUAAGGGUUAAGGUUUACGAGGAUUUUCUUGGAUUAGUUGAGUAAAUUGCACAAGCCUCACUAUACAAUUUUCCUUCAAAGUUAAGUUUUUUCCCUUAUGUCGUUGUUAUGGUCGCUGUUUCUGUUGUAAGUUGCAAUCAAAUAAUGUCUUAUUUAUCGACAUUAUUAUCCAGGUCACCUCGACCGGUGUGCAAAUGGCCAGGUUGCUUUGAACAUCUUAUCAGCGUGCGACGAAGAGAAGAAAUCUCCUUCGUCUAGUGUUCCUUCUAAGUCGAAGAGUUCUCUGGGAAGAAAGAUCAGCCACAUCACAUCAAACCUUCAGACGAGCGCAGCUUCCGCUGCAGUGAAGAAACUCAGGCGAAGCAUCAACCAACAAGCAGCGGCUAGUCCAUCUUCUUCCUCAAAACUAUCUAGUGAGUAGAACCAAGAGAUUAUGUCAGUUUCUAAUCUCUUGGUAAAAUGGAGAAGCUAAAGUAUAUUAAGUUACCAGAUCACGACAAACCCCCUAAAAAAGUUUCUUUUUUAAACCGUGCGGGAUAAAAAUCUCGAUAUCAGUUAAUUUAGCAAAAUAAUCCAUAGAUUUAGUUCGGAGAGAAGCAAACGUUAAAGGUUUAAGCAAAAACAGUCCAACCGACGUUUGGGUGCAACCGUGUAGAAAAAGAACGUCCGAUCGCUGUUUUGACAUUGCUUUGCUUCAUUUUUAUAGCAAGUAACGAAAACAAGAAGAAGUAUUGUUGCUCCUUCUGAGCGGGACGGUAGUCUAUCGCAGGUUGUCCUUAGAAAUCCUCCUUGUCACCCGACCAGUUUGCCGGUAUUUGUGCUAGUCUUGCCAAAGAUUACAGUGCAGUGACCCGCUUCAGGCUCAAACCAGCCCGCUACCCAUCAGGCCAUUAGGGCUCCAUCUGAGGUCUUCUAAAACACUCAGUAUAUCGUUUCAUUCCUUUAAUCCAAGGUGACGGUUAUGGUGAGGUUUUUGCCGGUGGUCCACUGAAAGUGAUGUCUACCAAGUGUGGGAGCCGAGAUCCAGAAAUACAAGUGCUUAUGUUUGAUAUAGAGGCGCUGAUAUGUAAUUUAUUAACUGAAGAAAAUCCACAGCUUGCUGGUAACUAUAAAUUUUUAUGUUAUCCCGUUCUACGAUUGCCUAUUGCUUUACUUUACUUACUUUACUUUGUUUUACUACAUAUUUUAUAUUUGAUUUCUGAAUAAAAAGUGCGCCUUGGUUGUUACUUCAUUUCCUUUUUUCUUUAGUUCUAAUUUUUUAGGGUCUUUGAUGUAUGACCUCUGUUUACAAUCUGAGGGUUUUCUUUGUAAAAUCACUUCAACAGUAUACUUCGCGAUCUUCAUUUCUCACAACAGUAAAAGGUCGUUGUCGAGCUCUCCGACAAAGAAUCAGAAUGUUUCGGCUAAAAGCAUAACCAUGCAGUUGUGUAUUUUUCUCCGUAGAUUGCAUAUUAUUUUAGAUACACGGUGUCGUGGUAAGGUAGUUUUCGUGGAGUUCUCCGAUUGGACAUUUCGUUCCUUCCAGAGUGUAAAGCGAGUUUCGAAAGACUUCAUGCGUGGUUUUCAACGAAUUUUUCAUUAUUCUCUACAGCUAAAUUGUCCAGCAAAGGUGACGUAUCGAAGACAGCCGUAGGAGGGAGAAGAAGAAAACGAGAUUCGCUAACAACUCAGCAAACGAGGAGCGAUGCAACUCAAAAAUCUACGCAUCAAAACCCCAAGAAAUCGUUAGUUACAAAUGAAACACAUUAUGUAGCCCAACUCAUGAUCUCGUGUCUACACUCCUGGGAUCUGGAUCCUAACAUGGAUGAGGUGUGUGUUGAGAGACUGGGUCUCCUCAAACCAGUCAAACCAGUUUCGUUUGGACUGCUAACUCGAGGAAACAGGCUUUCAUUGAUGCUGCCGGGAUGGUAUGGAGAAGCCGGGGAAGGAAGAGAAAGUGAUGCUGAAACUGCUUUAAAAAGACUUUCUCCUGAUAAAGCCAUUUUUACUGAGUUUGAAAUAACAAAGAGAGAAAAUGAGAAAUCGAAUUUGUCUUCCGAUCCAAACAUUGCGUCAGCUUUAAAGACUUGCUUUCAGUCACGCUGGCAACUUUCCUCGGCUUUGACAACUCUGCAUCUUGUGGGACUUGUAUCCGUCGCUAACACGCUAAUGAGCAUGAACCAGAUCAGUUUUGUUCCUCAGGAAAAGCGGCUUGCUCUCGUAACGAACACAGAUCAUGACAUUCCUCCCAUCUCAUCGAGUUAUGCCGAGAACGAACAACCUCCUGGUUUAAGUGAGACGGAAGUGCAACUUGCCAUGAAUCACCGUGCACAUAUCAAAGCCGGGUGGAGUCAGCUUGCUGCACUGCACUGUUGUCUGUUGGCUGACAUUCUGAAGAUUUCCUCUUAUAAGCCACCGCUUCUGCAUAUUCUAGCAAGGAGAUGGCAAGAUCGAUGUCUUGAGGUAUGUUUCACUUCGCGCUUUUUUGAAAGAGUUCUUUAUAGAUUAAUUAGAUAGUUAGCCAUAAAAUAGAACAAUGUAUCAGUGUGUAUUGUUAGUUCUUUUCCAUCGCGCAGGUUCGUGAAGCGGCACAGGCUAUUCUAUUAGCCGAACUGCGUAGGAUUGGGUCCGAGGGUCGUAAGCAAGUGGUGGAUACAUGGGCCCCUCAGCUACCAAAGUCGCUUGAACAGUCGGGAGGGACUGAGGACAAAGCUGAGAAGUCUGAUCCUGCACCCUCCCCUACCACUUCUAUUUUGGGGUUUGGUAAGUUCUCAAAAAUUGACCAGUCGUCCCAGUAGAGUGUUAAUUGAGUAAUGGGUUGAUUCAGCUGAUGGUGCAACGCCGCCCAACUGAAUUUUUAAACUUCAUUGAUGAGGAGACUGUAAGCAGCUUGAAAAUUGGUUUGUAAGACUUGUAAAGUGAUUGGUUAUCUUUUCUCAGAACGCAGUGUAGACGUCCAAAACGUUGAAGACGAGGUCCUGUUCCCAACCGAAGACGUCAGCACUGUCUUAACCAGCGUUAAGAAGUUGCUUCAAUAUGACAUGCGCCGUCGACAGGCAACCGCCAUCGUGCUCAUGGGAGUGAUAGGCGCAGAAUUUCAGCGUGAAAUUGAAGUAUAUUCGAGUCGUGAGCGCGACGGUGAAAAAAAACAGAGCACAAGCUCGCGAAGAUUAGAAAAACUGAGUGAAACUCCAGGUAAAGAUGGUAAAAUCGUGCGAAAGAGUAACAGCGAACGUAAGUGCUGAUGUUUAAGAAGGCUCCUAAGGGUUUUUUGGCCGCGCGAGAUCUGGGUACGAACGUAGCACGAGCUUUGAAAAGGUCAACAUGCAAAAGGAACAAAGCAGCUCGAUACGAUCGCACGAUUGUUAUCUGACAAGGUGUGUUAAAAACAGUUUACACAAUACAGUUUUUAUGUGAUGGAAUCUAGGGUUUCCAAGAAGUGCACCCGUAAUAUUCAUAGGCCUUCUACGCCUUAAAAAGAGUUCAACCGAAAAGAAAACACCCGGGAAAAGAUUGUCAAAAGGCGACAGAUUCGAAAGUCUACGCAUGGCGAAGUUCUACUCCAUUACGUGUUGUUUUGCUAUAAAGAAAAUAGGGAUCUUUCGAGAAAGAUUUAUCACGUUUCCUUCGGUGGAAUUUCCAAAGAUUUGCUGGAACGUUAAACAUAUAUGUGCCCCUCCUAGUGCCUGUUAAAGAAAGAAAUUCAUUCGACCAAAUUUGAGAUAGAGGAAGAAAAUAAAAAAUUGCAAAUAGCGAUGAAACUGCCUUUGAAACCCCUAUUUUCUUCGGCUUUUAAAUGAUCGGCAGGACAAUUUUCACAAAUUGUGAAAAUUUUGAGAGAUUUCACCAAAGCAAAUUGAAGAAAAUCAAAGGCAAAGCCAAAUUAUCACUGAUGAGCGCCUCCCUUCGUGGAGCCUUAGCUUAAUAACGAAAAUGAUUUGGAUAAUAUUUACUGCAGCAAACGAUGGUGCGAACCUUGCUCAUUGCCUUUUGAUGGCUUUUAGUGACCUUUAAAAACGAAAACAAAAGUUAACUAGAAAAACAUUACGCUGGCGCGCGCCAACAUUGAACAAAAACCCUAUGGAGCCUCCUUAAUUGCUUGCAUAACCUAAUUAUCUUUUAAUUAUCUUGUAUAACAUUAAAUCGUAAUAUUCUGUAUAACACAACAACUUAGUGGAACUUACCUUGUCUUAGCGAAAACUAUGAUCGGCAAACGUUAACUGAUACUCUAGAAAACCAUACGGGUCGUUAGUUAAAUUUGAAACAGUACUUUACUUACGAAACAAAAUACAAACAAUCUCCUUCGUUCACGUUUUCUCGUAUUCUUACAGUCUGAUGGCGAAUUGCACAAGUUGAUUACAUGUGUACAUGGUUUCUUUUGUAACCUUUUCUGGUAUUUUCAGGUGGUGAAGUUAUCAUGGAUUACACUACAGUACGUCUCACUGGUAAAGCUCUUAUGUAUCUCUUACUCAAACCCCCUUCGUCCCAACUUACGGCACACACGUCAGUCAGACGAGCAGCCAUUGAUCUGAUUGGUCGGGGGUUUACUCUUUGGGAGCCAUAUAUGGACGUUUCAGCUGUCUUGAUAGCGUUGUUAGAACUCUCGGCGGACAGCAAGAACCGAGAUCUCACAUUCAGGAAAGGUUUACCAUUGUCGCCGUCAGCAGAUACUCAUCGAUCAGCGAGGCAUGGGCUGUCACUGAUUGCUACAGCACGACCUGCGGUCUUCAUAGCGACCAUUGCGAAGGAGGUGAAUUCAUUUUCGCUGUCGCUAAAACACAAGUAAAAUAAUUUGUCAGAUCAUCGCAAAGUUAAAACGUGUAACAAAGCAGAGGUGCCGUCUGAACAAGAACCUCAACUGCAUUGCAAAGGUUUUCACGUAGUGCAAAGUUGUCGUUUGUGAUGUAACAGGUAGUCAGCACUCACAUAAACCGUGUUCAGAGUUUGCCAUUUAUAAUGUAAUUAAUUGAAACGUGUCUCCAUUGAACAUCUAGGUGGCUCGCAGUGUUUCAGCGGCUUCUUCUAUCUCCUUUAAUCAACCUUCUCCAGCAGCCAUUGCGGUGUACAGCCAUGUUCGUCACCAGCCCUCUCAGAAUGCAGAGGCUCAGAGCACGUCCAUAUUGAACAGAGCUAAGCACGAGAUACUGCGGAUAAUUGACCUCAUGGUUGAAAAGACACAACAAGAAGUUGUAGAUCUUUUAACUGAUGUAUGAACUACCUUUCUAUUUUCACGUAUAACUAUACAUAUAAGUUUUUUUUCAGAAGGUUUCACGGGGUUUAUAGUUUGGUAGUUUGCGGCCUUUCCCUUCAUCUAGGCAUCUAGACGGCAAAACUCUGGAACAAAAAUUUAUCUUUCAAAUCGGCACUCCUAAUCCUUAUGGUAUCAACGAACGCUUUUCAUUCCACUAAUUUACUCUUGUUUCUCAAAUUACCAUGUUUACGUCUCACUCAGUCCGAGACACCUUAUCACCGACCAUUUGGUUUCUUUUGAGCGGGCCUUUCACCAGGCUUUCUCGUUGUUUUGGAAGUUUUCGGAAAUUGGAACGAGAGAGGUAUCUGCUUUUGUGUUCGUUGGUUCAUUGCCAGUUGUUGCGCGGUAACAAUGACGAAAACUGAUACACGUAACUCUGCUAUUUUCCCCUAGGUUGUCGACAUUGUUGUUUACUGUUUGGAUCAGAGACAACUCAAAGAGAAAGGAAUGACUGAAUUAUUCCCUGGACUAUGUCGGUACGUUUACUGUAAAUAUUGUCGCAUAAGUCUACGUUCGAGCAUUAUCGCGCUUUAUGCACCAGUUUCUCUCUGAACAGAGUCACGUGUCACGUAUCACGAGCAAUUCAUGUGUUUAUUUUAUUUUUUUUCAUUUUCUUGUUCUGUUUGACGUAAUGAUUAUCCAGUAUUGCAACAAGAGAACGUGUUCUCUAGAUCUUAAUUAAACGAGUCCUAGGCUUGAUCUACAACUGAUUUUUACUCGAUCGCACCCUUCGCGCUUUUGGCAACGGCUUGGACUAGCCUUUGUUUGUAUUGGGGUCAUCGUUCUCUACGGUAAUGAAUGUGUUGACCACUUUCACAACGGUGGGCAUGACUUCUAUUCUUUUGCAUACAAAUAGGCCUUGUUGGCCUCGCUUUGAAUGAACAUUUGAUUGUUUUUAAACAUGCUGUCGCGGCCAGAAAGCCUGAUUUACUUAAUUAUGAAAUAUAGCAAUUUAUAAAAAAUAGAUGCUAUUCCACUUUGACAGGUUCAACAUGGUGAGUUACUCGCCCCAGUCCCGCCGCCUUGCAGUUGGAGCGAAGAAUGGUCAGUUAGCUUUGUAUGAUCUGCGGUCGUCGCGCUGUCAGGCAAGUUUACGACGAGUUUAGUUGUGUGUUGUUUUAUUCUUUUGAUAUUUCACAUGAGGACCACGACUUUGUUUAGAACUUUCAGUCAUCCUUCACUUUCUUUCAAAUAGUUUUGCCAAAUACUAAAUUCCAGUUUCAAGUAGCAAAGACACUCUUGAUACAUUUGCAGGAAGUAACCGUUACUUUCAUGUUUGAGGCCUGAUUGUGUUUCUGAAAUGAAAAGCUUCAGGAGCGAUUCAGUUCAAGUUUUCUCCUCAAAUUUAUCACGUUAUUUUUCGAUGUACUACCUUCGAUCAUUGGGAGAGCGACCGUAAAUAGCUAACAAUGAUUGUUGUUGUCUAUACCCCAAACAACCUUUGUUGAAAGUUCUUCUCUCCUUUGAUAGCGCGCAAUAAUCCUAUCGUUAGAGGUCCUAGAAUCUUUUCAGAAUCGGUUACUUUAUAAUCCUUGUUUACAGAUGGUUUCAGCUCAUUCUUCUCAAGUAACAGCCCUGUCUUUUUCGCCUGACGAUCGCGUACUUGCUUCAUACAGCUUCGGAGACUCCAAAAUUUGUUUCUGGCAGGUAAUUUUCAGAUUAAAUGAAAGAGAUAAAGCGUGCGAAAGAGAGAGAGAGAUUUGUCAUACCUAAUUUUAUUCGAUCGCCUUUGGUCAAGAGGUGAUUUGAAGGUGGUUUCAAAAUAAGAAAUUUGUUUUAUGUUGAACAAAUUACACCCUAAUCUAAAUUAACAGUCAGGUUCACGAUUAAUAAUCCUUUUUUUUCCCGACAAUCCUUUAUACAAUUUAGAAUUCUUCAAAGUAUCCAGUUUUCGAUUAUUACUAGGCCUUGUUUGGUUUUUUACCCUACCGUACUUUAGGAAGUCCUACAAUUCUUCCCCCCCCCCCGCCCUUCCACCUAUCAAAAAAUAUUUGAAUAAUGUUGAAAUGUUUUGACUAAUAUGCGACGUUUUAUGUCCGCCCCAAUGGUACUAUUGACAAAUCCUUGGAGGGUUAGGCAAUACGCAACUAUCUUUUUUAUUUUUGAACACUUGUGCCAAGACGUAUCGUCAAACAUGUCCGUUGUCUUUAUAUUCUGUAGACUGGCUCGUCAUUGUUCGGUAUGCUGGGAUCAUCUCUCCGAUGUGUCCGUUCCUACACCACAGUCUCUCCGUCUCCAAAAAUGUCUCCUGCUCUGCUAAAACUCAUACGACUUGUUUGGAUUAAUCAUAAAAAUGUUAUUCUGCUUAUGGCUGAUGGGACAGAAUACAAAUAUUCUGUAUAGAGAACUACAAUGUGUAAUCACCCACGGAAUAACAUUACUGCCUGUCUAUGUUAAAGUAAAUCAAUAAGAACCCAAACAUUUCAAACUAAGCUUUCUCAGGACAAGUCCGUUAGACGCCUGUGCGUAACCACACUUUCACUGUACUCUUUUUUUCCUUUUUCCCUUUUUUUCACCAGAGCCUUCGUUACGAUGUGGUCAUCUCAAUAAAUAAAGUUUCUCAUUUGCAUGCAGUUUAUGUAUUUCCCAUCCUCAACUGGCAUCCUUUUUCGGUUUCGGUGUUUAAUUUUUUCCUCACCUUUUUUCGACAGUUUGGAACCCUGACAAGUCACUUUAUCAAGGGUUUAAGAUUACCCAAGUUGUGAACUUUCAUAUUGGAUAACUUAUUUCUAGGCCUUAUUUUCCAAGUGAAGACAACUCUCCAAGGCAAUUAGAAUAAUGUUGAAUAAAGCGUAGCUUCUCUGAACCACAGUGGUUGGAGCUGGGUGAAACUAAAGCAAGUGUUUACUUACCUUGAAUAAAUAAAUUGAAUAAAUAAUGAAUAAAUAAGCCAGUCUUUCUGUCACUGGUUUGUGGCCUAAACUAUAUAUUAAUUUAAACAUGAAACUGAAAAUAAAGGAACUUUUAUGAGAG